UCGGACAUGCCCCAGGAUCUCCUCGGGCAGAUAAAGGAAUUCGAAGAGGUCUUUACCGUCGAUGCUGCAAAGCUCAAGCAGAUUGUCGCUCAUUUCAUCAAGGAACUUGAAAAGGGUCAGUCUCUUAUCAUCCCUAUAUUCAAAACAAAGACUCAUCAUACGUUAUCAUUAGGCCUCAGUGUUGAGGGUGGCAACAUUGUAAGGCUAUAAAGUUCCCUUUUUUUUUGUUUGCUCUUAAAAGGAGGGGAGGAAGGAGG